CCUUCUUUCUACGUUGUCUCGGGGGUCGCCGGCGCCCUUUCUGGUUCCUUAGCGCUUGAAUCCUGGGGUAUUGUGAAACUUUGGUGUUGGGCUGCGGCCACCGUUGCAGUCCUCGCUCACGAGAAGCGGCCAGCCUUAGACAGCAUAAUGACUUUCUUUUGAUCGCAUUCUGUGAGAUCCCGUUGCUUUUCCAACUCAUCCCGAAGCUCAAGAACAAAUUGUAUUAACUGAUACUCUCGAAGGAGCCACGUCUUUCCCCAGAGUAGACUUAUACUUGUUUUGGGCCGACUACUGGAAGUCACAGCCAAAGAAAUUCUGUGAUUACUGCAAGUGUUGGAUAGCAGACAAUAGGCCUAGUGUUGAAUUUCAUGAAAGGGGAAAAAAUCAUAAGGAAAAUGUGGCAAAGAGGAUCAGUGAGAUUAAACAGAAAAGCCUGGAUAAAGCAAAGGAAGAAGAAAAGGCAUCAAAGGAGUUUGCUGCAAUGGAGGCAGCUGCCCUGAAAGCAUACCAAGAGGAUUUGAAAAGACUUGGCUUAGAGUCAGGUAAAAAACAGCCUGCAUGUUUUAAAGAAAUUUCAGAGCCAACCAUAUCACCAGUAACCCCCACUAUUCCACCCACCUCUGCAUCCAAUCAACAGAAAGAAAAGAAGAAGAAAAAAAAAGAUUCUUCAAAGGGUAGAUGGGUAGAAGGCAUAACCUCUGAGGGUUAUCAUUACUAUUAUGAUCUCAUCACAGGAGCAUCCCAGUGGGAGAAACCUGAAGGAUUUCAAGGAAACUUAAAAAAGACAGCAGUGAAGGCCAUUUGGAUAGAAGGUUUAAGUGAAGAUGGUUAUAGCUAUUAUUAUAAUACAGAAACAGGAGAAUCCAAAUGGGAAAAACCUGAUGAUUUCAUUCCACAUACUGGAGAUAUGCUUUCUAGUAAAAUUGAUGAAAAGUCACUUGGCACCGUAGAAGACUCCAAAUCAUCAGAUUCACACAGUGAUUCUGAUGGGGAAAAGGAAGCAGAAGAAAAGGUUUCCACAGAAAAAAAAAAGCUAAUAAUAAAGUUUAAGGAAAAAAAUAAAAAGAGUAAUGAAGGAACUGACCCAGAAAUGCAGAAGGAAAAAAGUAUCCCAAAACAGAAUUCAUCAGGUCCAAAUGAAGAAAAACCCAAAACUCUUAAAAAGCCAAAUCCAUACGGGGAAUGGAAAGAAAUUAAACAAGAAGUCAAAUCUCAUGAAGAGGUAGAUUUGGAACUUCCAAGCCCUGAAAAUGAAUAUGUGUCAACUUCAGAAGGUGAUAUUGGGGAACCCAAAGUGGUAUUUAAAGAAAAAACAGUUACUUCUCUUGGAGUUGCAGCAGAUGGUGUGGCCCCAGUUUUCAAAAAGAGAAAAAUCGAAAAUGGAAAGUCUAGAAAUUUAAGGCAACGAGGUGAUGAUCAAUAAUUGUAAAAGCAUUUUAUAUGUGUGUUUUGGACAGAAUGGAGACUUACUCUUCUUAAAGCUUCUCUGUGCUUGUUGUUGUUCACUGAUGCUAAAAUUGACUUAUUCUAAAUGUAUUUUAUGUGAAUUAAAAUAAUAAAUCUUUUUUUAUGUGAAA